UUUCAGUGCAUGUGCCACCGCUAACAUGAACAGCACAUGGGUGGGCGCAGCUCCAGACACGGAAGUGGUGACCCAACCACAUGCAGACUACGGUGUGGUGGUGACCCAAAUACCCGUUUACACGCUGAACGGAGUUGGGGUGGGUGCACUUCCAUUGACUGUCGGAUGGAAGUCGAUGAGGGUGAGGUGUCCGUCCUGCAAGGGUGAGGUCACCACCAGUCUGGUAACCUCCGCCACCCGGAAAACCCACCUGUGUGCCCUGACCUUGUACAUCUGCUGCUGCUGGCCCUUCGUAUGCUUGCCCUACUUCAUCAAUUACUGCAAAAGAGUCAAGCACUACUGCCCUAAUUGUGGAUGCCAGAUUGGGAGCUAUACAAUUUAAGUCGCUUAAGAUUGUUACAACACAGUGUUCUGCCGCUAUGCAUUUAUUUUAAUUUAAUUUUUUUUUCAAAACCAUAAAACUAACGCCAUAUAUAUAUUUUAAUUGACCUCU